AUGUCGGCACAGUCCGCCCUAGACUCAUCGGCGGAAACGUCCUCGUCACUAAAGGACAGCAGAUUCGACGCCGUACUCGACACUGCCGACAGCGGCGGCGGUGGAAUCUGGAGCCGCAUGGGUGAGGCGACGGGUGAGUGCGCGGCGGUGUGCUGCUGCUGUCCGUGCACAGUGAUGCACCUCUUCAUCCUCGCCGUCUUCCGCCUCCCCGCCGCCCUCUGGAGGAGGAAGAAGAAGGCGAGGAGAAGAAGGCUGCUGAGGAAGAAGAUGAAAUGUCCGCCUCUGGAGAAGGCGAAUCAGCAGAAAUUGGAGGACGGCGGCGAUUGCAGGGGGAAAAACGACGCCGUUGAGUGGGAUAGUGAGAUGUGGGAACUUUUUUAUGGGGGUGGGUUCUGGAGGAGCGCUUCUCAGAGGGACAAGGAAAAAAUGAUUAUUGAGAUUAAGGGUAUAAUUACACCCACCUCCCUGAGGUAA